UUUUGAUAUAGUUCAUAUAGCUUUUAUGUAAUUGCUGACCCUAAUCAUUGAAGAAUGUCUGCUUGUUUCGUGUUUUGCUGCACAAUCACAGUCUUACUGAUGUUCUCAGUUGAAGGAGAAAGUUGCUCCGAAGGUACUUUAACCGAUGGAGCUGAAGACUGCUGCUAUGGUUUAGUCAAAAUUGGGAACAUUUGUAAAGCGUGUCCAGCUGGUUAUUUUGGAAAAAACUGCUCUAAUCCGUGUCCUUUACAAUUGUAUGGUCCAGACUGCACCCAAAUAUGCUAUUGUUCCUAUUGCCAUCCUGUCUAUGGAUGCGAUGCAAGGAACGAUACAGCAACACAGACUUAUCAAACUUUCAAACUAUCAACUUCUAUAUCAGAUGAGGUGAAUGAUUCCAAGACUAAAAUGGACACAAUGACACAAGAGCCUUCAAAAAUGAUGACAAUUAAUGUACCAGAUGAAGUGAAAGAUUUAAAACGGAUUAUAAUCUUAUCGUGUGGGACUUUAAUAUCCGUGGUGCUUCUGUUGUUGAUGAUACGCGAAAUACGCAGAUAUACCUUACUAUAAAUCCGACCAGUCAAAUAUCAACAAUUUUUCGAUAAUAAUAAAUCUAUUCAGAUUUAGCAGUAACCCAAAUCGACAUCCAAUUGAACGAACAUUAUUGGUAUCGCCAAACAAGCUAAAGAUGAGACUAAACAUUACACUUAAAAUGCAAGAAUUGAUGCCAAAGAAUAUUGAACAAGGACCGUAAAAACCAGCGGAUGGGGCAUGCCAUAUUGUUGAGUAUCACAGGUUUGAUAAUUAGCGGAAGAUAUCCCAUCUUUGACACUUUGUGAAUGCAUACUACUUGCCAAAUUAUCAUGUUUUAUAAGUUCAGAUCGAUUUUAGCCACAAUACUGAGUUUUCCAUUUUUAUAUUGCAUAAUUAGGAUCGUGGCAAAUUCUGUAUGUUUAUUUAGUCACAAUCCUUUCUAACACAUGAUUGUAUUGUGUUUUUUGUCUGUUGUAUUUUGAACUGUUUUAAUAGUUUUUUUGGCAUGAUACUUUAUUAUUCAUGCAGGCUUAAUAAAAUACCAUUUCAA